CACCAGUUCUCGCUCAGAUCUCUUCCAAUUUCUUUCUAUACAUUUCUAUAUCAUCACAACCGCGUUUCUUCUACUCCCUCCACGUCAGCACUCAUCCCCAUGGAUCGACGGUCAGGAUUCGGCCUCGCGCUGAUCUGUUUAAUAGUAGCCUGCGUCGGCGGCCAGUCCCCGGCGGCUGCGCCAGCCAAAGCCCCUACCUCCGCCGCGACGCCGCCGGCCAAAUCCCCUGCCGCCGCCCCCGCCGCAGCUCCUGUUUCCACGCCACCACACGUGGCCCCGACCAGCCCGCCGCCGCCCACCCCCGCCCCGGUUCAGCCACCGCCGGCUCCCGCCCCGGUUCAGUCCCCGCCUACUCCCACCCCGGUUCAGUCCCCGCCGGCUCCCGCUCCGGCGACCCCGCCGACGGAGUCUUCUCCUCCGGCGCCGGCGCCGAGCAGGAAGAAGGGCAAGCACGGCGCCCCUUCUCCGGCUCCCGAGCUGUCCGGCCCCCCUGCGCCGCCGUCCGAGGCUCCCGGACCAAGCGCCGGCUCCAUUUCCCCAAGCCCGACGUCUCUUAACGAUCAGAGUGGAGCUGGGAAGACGAUGAUGGCAAGCUUGGCAAUGGGAUUGGCUAUCUUUAGCUGUUGGCUAUUAUUCUAGAAGAGAAUAUUAUUUGAAUCUGAUUCAAUUUAUUUAUUACUUCAUUUUUUGUUGGCAAAUCUCUCACUCCUUUCCUAGUUGGAUUUUUGCCACAUUUUGGAGACCCCUGGUUUUUCUUUUUCAGAUUUUUGGUGAUCUCCCGUUGUAUUGAAUUGUUACGCACUAUGAAAUGAUGUUACAUGUGAAUUCCAUUA